CUAACCACACCAUGGAGCCAGCGGCCAAAUGCCUCGAGUCGGUGGUGGCCUCAUUGACACCUCCUAGGCGCGCAGACGCUGCUGGUUUGUGGUGGUGGGAGUGGCGGCAGUGGCGACGAUGGAGGGAGAUGUGGCGGCAACAGCAGAGAGUGGAGCCUGUGUCAAAUGAGGCGGACCAAGCGGCGGCGGCACCAGCGGCGGAGGUGACAGUGGCAAGGGCGGUGGCGGCAUCAGUGGCAGCGAAUGCGGCGGCUAACGCCGUGGCGGCGCAGGAGAAAGAUGAGGCGGCGCAGGCGGCGGCGGCAGCUGCGGCAAAGGCGACAGUGGCGACGGCGGUGGCGAGGGCGGCGGCGGCGGCGGCGGCGCAGGAGAAAGACGAGGCGGAGCAGGCGGCGGCGGCAGCUGCGGCGAAGGCGACAGUGGCGACGGCGGUGGCGAGGGCGGCGGCGGCGGCGGCGGCGCAGGAGAAAGACGAGGCGGAGCAGGCGGCGGCGGCAGCUGCGGCGAAGGCGACAGUGGCGACGGCGGUGGCGAGGGCGGCGGCGGCGGCGGUAGCAAGCAACGCCGCGGCGGCGCAGGAGAAAGACGAGGCGGAGCAGGCGGCGGCGGCAGCUGCGGCGAAGGCGACAGUGGCGACGGCGGUGGCGAGGGCGGCGGCGGCGGCGGCGGCGCAGGAGAAAGACAAGGCGGAGCAGGCGGCGGCGGCAGCUGCGGCGAAGGCGACAGUGGCGACGGCGGUGGCGAGGGCAGCAGCGGCGGCAGCGGCGGAGACGCAAGUCGAGAUGGCUGAUGUUUGUGAGCCGAUCGCACCGGCGAGGGAACGGCGGCCAACGUCAGCGCAAGUCUCUUGCUCCGAGCAAGCGCUUGCCCGCUAUCUGCGUCCGCUCCUCUGCGAGCUCCAAAGAUGGCUUCCCCUCCUCACCACCAUCCUCCUCCUCGCGCUCUACCACCACCGAAACUACGCCACGGGGGCGGGAGUCGCUCCGCCGCCGCUACCCACUCCGCCACCACCACCGGGCCUCCCUAGGACUCUGGGCCUCGGCCCGCUGCGCGAGAUCGUGGUUUCGCAUGUCACUGCCGCGAGGACACGCGUGGGCGCUGCUGCUGCUGCUAUCGCAGCCUCCGCCGUCCGCAAGGCUGGCCCCGCCUCACCUACCUCUCGUGCCAUACGCGCUAGCACACGGGCUGCGCGGCAGGCUUUGAUCGGAGCCGUCGCGUCCGUAGCGGGGCAUCCCGAUUCGUGAUGGUCGGGGGUGUUGCGUGAGAGCUGAAGGCCGAGCCGUACUCACGCGCUGUGCUGCCCUCGCGCCGCGCUUCUCUCACACCCGGCGACUAGAGUAAGCAGGUUUGCAUGGGCCGGUCUCGGCGUCGUGGUGGGGCCAUUGGAGAUGUCGGUUCCCCACCACGCACCGGACUUUUUGUAGCGGUGGAGAGAAUUAAGGAAUCUUUCUGC